UACAAGUUGAAAUAAGAGAAAAAAAUUUUGGUCGUGACAAAUUAGAAAUCGAUAAAAAUAAAAUUUCAAAUAAUCAAACUGAAACCAAUUAUAAAUGCGAGUUUAAGUUAAUGCAGAAAAAAAUGCAUGUUCUAAGAACACAGAUGAAGUUUAAUCAAAUGAAAACAAAGUUCUUGCAAGAGCAACUUGAAAUAAAAACUAGACAUUUUAAUGAUUGCUCUUCAAAAUUAUCUAACUUGGCGAAACAAAAAUUAGAGUUUGAAGAAGAUUGGCGCAAAAGUCAAGAAACAUACGAAGCCAAAUUAAAAGAUCUCACAAUAAAGCUUAAGGAAAUGCAUGUUUUGAAGCAUGAAAUGAAAAAUACAAUCGAAGUUUUAAUAGAAGAAAAUAAAGCAUUAUUUCUUAAACACGGAGAAAAAAUUGAAGUUAUUAAUGACACCCGUCUUAAACUAAACUCCCUUUCAAAAAGAUUGAGUUCCAUGGAUAAUCAGAUGAGAACUAUGGAAAAACAUUUGGCGAUGGAUCAGGAACGCAUACUAAAAGACAAGUCAGAAAUUGAGAGAUUGAGAAAAACGACCGGAGAAUUGAACUCCGAAAUCACGGAACAAAGAGUCGAAAGUGAACUGAAAGCCACAGCUUUGAAGGAGGCGAUGGUAGAGUCAGAAAAAGUAAAGGAGAAAAAACUAAAUGAACUUUACAAAAACCAAAUAGCAUUGCGAGACGAAAAAUUAGCAAAUCUUAAACAGAAGUUGUUCGAAAGCAAUCGUUUGCACAAUACUACUAAGGAUGAAUUGGCAAAAAAAUCUCUCCACAAUUCAUAUUUGUUGGAAGAAGUUUCAAUUCUGAAGAAAAAUAUUAUUAACUUAAAUGCUAAAAGCCGUCAGUUGCGGUUGCAGUUAAAAGAGGCAGAGGAAUCGAACAAUAAGCUGGAAAACGAAAUAGAAUCGCAAAAAUUUAAGUGCAAUGAAUUGAUUAGAGAUCGAAACAGAUUUCGAAAUUUGUACAAUAAACUCACUGGGAUACAAUCACAACAUGAGCUUGAAAUAUCUAUACUUACAAAAAGCCAAGCUAUGAUAAGCAAUUCGCUAAAAUUAAAAGAACAACAAUUAAAUAACAUAUUAAUCAAAAGAAGGCAGAAAUGGAUUAAGCAUUUUAGGUAUGAUAAUUACUAGUAGAUAUAUGUUUAUUGCUUUCAGAACUGCAGUGUUCUGGAUUUCAAUAAUGAUUAAUAACUAGAAAUCAAAUCGUAAUGGAUUAUAGAUGCUCUCUUAAGCUAAUGCCCACUAAAUAUAACAUGAUCAUCUAAGCGUUAAUCAUCUAAGAAAAGAGAUGUUUAAUCAACCGAAAACAAAAUACUUUCAAGAGUAAUGAUAUGUCCAGAACAAGAGAAAAAAUUAGAGUUCGGAGAAUAUUGGCGUCAUGUCAAGAGUUUUACAAGGCCAAUUAAAACUGGGAAAGAAUAAAUUAUUAUUGAUUUACAAUCAAUUAAAAAAAUAAUUAAGAGUUUCUCCUGGAUUCUCUGUUAGCUGUCGAAAAAUUUGUUAAUUAAAAAUAUCAGUUCAAGAUUAUUAAUGACAUCUAUUUUUUUUAAAAUGUUACAAAAUUGCUAAUCAGAAAAAUUAUUAAAUUACGUUAUAUUAACAUACAAAGCAGUAUCACCACAGA